CCAUGCUCUUGCCUCAGUCUCAACUCGAGGCCCUCAAGUGAGCUUCAGCGAUCAAUAUCUCGGCUUGCAAGGCAGGUUGAUAGUUUUUUUCUGUCAGACUCGAUCGUUUCAGAACACGUCAAAUGAAUCAUAUUUUAUCACAAUCACGGAGGUGAAGAAUCUCAACUGAAAAACUAUCUAAAUAUUUAAUGUGAGCGUCGAUUGUGUCUUCGAAACGAGAUGAAAUGUCAAAAGAAUCGCGGAGUGACAUGGACCACUCUGGAACUCGGAGGUCUUCUAGAAGACGAAGACUCUCAUGUGCACUUUGUGAGAACCACUAAGCACCUUGCGUUACAUCCAUAUCACUUGAAUAAUAUUCAGCGAGGUCUAAAUGAGAUUUUAAGAUCGUUGUUAAAUACUUACGACAGGGAAUUGAAAGGGUUUGUGCUGGCUUUUAGAAAUCCUAAAUUGCUUAGCAAUCUGGGAGAAUUACUCUAUGAUUCUCCCUUUAUUCAUGUUGACAUUGAAGCAGAUUUCUAUCUAUUCCAUCCAACAGUCGGAUCUUUUCUAAAAGGUAUAGUGAAUAAAAAGGGCUUGGACUAUAUCGUAAUACUGGUACACAAAAUAUAUACCGUAUCUAUUCCGAAACCGGAUAAUACGGAGCAAUGGCUAGGUGAGUCAGUGGAGAUUGGCCAGGAAAUAAAAUGUUGCAUAACUCAAAUACAUCACAAGAGCAAACCUCCCUUCAUCUGCGCUACUUUAAAAUCCGAUUAUUCGCAAGGUUGUAGAUUAUCAGAAAGCAUAACUGAUAUUGAUAAUAUAGACAGUACAGUUGAAAGUGCAAAUAGCUGUAUGAAGAUUGAUAUUAAUGGAAUAUUGGAAAAUGAUGGUAUUUCUGAGAAAGAAAAGAAAAAACAUCGGAAAAAACACAAGUCUCGUGAAAGCAAUUCGGAAAUUGUUUACAAAAUUGAAAAUGAAUCAGAGUUGAAUGUAGGGAGCGAUACUUUUAGAACUAUUAAAUCUGAAAAGAAACAGCAAUACCGAAGUGUGCAAAACGAUAAUAUAGGGAAUGAUACUUGUACAACUAUUAAAUCUGAAAAGAAACUGCAAUGUCAAAGUACUUUAUUAAAUACUGAUGAUUCUUUGAAUACUUUGGAAGUCGAUAAUAUCCCUAGAAAACAUAAAAAAAACAAGAAAACAUCCAAAUCCUUACUUAAUAAUGAAACAAUUUUGGACGAACGUACCGAGUCAUGUAAAGCUGUAAAGAGAGAAAAUUCCAUUCUAUUAGAUAGUAUUACUGAAAUAGAGACGAAAAAGAAAAAGAAACGUGUGAAGAAAUCUAAAGAAUCUGAUUCAGAAUUUUUAUUAACAAAGACAGAAAACGACAAAGAAAUAGUUAACAGUACAAGGAAUACUAUUCCCUAUAUUAAAUAUGAAGAAGAGCAACAUAUAUCUAAAAAGCAUAUUGUAUUAAACGUUAAUACUUUUUCAAAUAAAUUAGGAGAUAGCGUAUCUAAAAAACAUAAGAAAAACAAGAAGCCAUCUAUGAUAAUGUCAGAUUCGGAAUCAGAAAGUCACAUUAUUGAAAUAAAAAAUGAAAAGCACGAUCCAUGUAUAAACAGAAUUAUUAAUGAAAGAGCAAAAAGUCAAACAUCAUGUAGCAAGACUCAAGUCAUACAAAAUGUGAACGAAACUUUUGAUACGCCUGAGUUUAUGAAAAGAGAAAAUUCCAUAAAAUAUGACACUUCUGAAAAAGAAAGGAAAAAGAGUCCGAAAAAACAUAAUUCAAGAGACUCACGGUCGAAAUCUUUCGAAAUUAAGAUAGAACAUGACAUAAUCAGUAAUGUCAGUAACGCCUCGGAUAAAGAAAAGAAAAAAAGUUUUCAGAAACGUGCAAAUUUGUCAAGAGAUUCGGAUUCUGAGUUUAAAAUUAAAAGUGAAAAUAUAACAAAUGAUAUAAAUUAUAUUUGUCGAACAAUUAAACACGAUCCUGAAGAGUCUCAAUAUAUGAAGUACAAUACAUCAGCAAUAGAUUCAAGCAAUUCAGCGGGUCUUCAUCAUGUAUCAAAAAAAUCUAAAAAGAAGAAAACGUCUGUGGUAUCAGAUUCGGAAUUGAAACUUUCCAUUAAAAUUGAAAAAGAUUAAAUUAAAAUUUUUUAUAAAACUGACUUUCAGAUCUUA